UUCCAGCCGCACUUGUGCGCUAUGGCCAACAUGGACAUCGACAGAUUACUGACGUAUCUUAUUGAUAAGCAAGGCCCUGACCUCGCCGCAGCUGUUGACGCGUCUGUGCUUUUUGAAGUUUGCCGUCAGGCCCAACAAGUUUUCGAGUCGCAACCCGUCCUUCUGGAACUCAACCCGCCUGUGGUCGUUUGCGGUGACAUUCAUGGACAAUAUGUGGACCUAUUGCGGAUUUUUCAUCAGCUAGGCUACCCACCAACGGCAAACUACCUUUUCCUAGGAGAUUACGUCGACCGUGGAACCAAAAACCUGGAGACGAUCGCUCUGCUCUUCUGCUACAAAAUCAAGUACCCGCGCAACUUCUUUUUGCUUCGAGGAAACCAUGAAACGGCUGCAGUGAAUGCUGUGUACGGCUUCCGGCAAGAGAUUCAAAGGAGAUUUGGUCGGAAUGAGCAUGGACCGUUGUGGCGUAUGUUCAACGAGGCAUUUUCGCAAAUGCCUGUCACGGCAAUUAUUGGGGGACGUAUCCUUUGUAUGCACGGAGGCCUUUCGCCACACUUAGAGACCAGAAAGCAGCUACGCAAAAUACCUCGAGGAUGGCAUGACCCUGGAGAAAACCGACUAGCAUUGGACCUGCUGUGGUCCGAUCCCGACCCAACCAUAAGAGGCUGGAGACCAAGUCCCCGCGGAUGCAGCUACUUAUUUGGUAAUGACGUUCUGCUAGAUUCUUGCCGUCAACUCGACAUUGAUCUGAUUGUGCGCGCGCACCAAGUGGUCCAGGAUGGAUAUGAAAUCAAUCCAACUCAACGACUCAUUACAGUGUUUUCAGCACCGAAUUACUGUGGAGAAGUGAUUCGACAACGCCGGCGCAGUGAUGUACGUCGACCAGAGGCUUGGAUGCUCUUUCGUUCAAUUUCGACCCAAAGUGUGAAAAUGAAAACAGAACGGUCAGAACUAAAUUAUAAAUAUUGA